AUGUAUGUGAAAUGGUUUGAUACAGGAAUGUUAUACUAUGUGAUUUUAGUGAUUUUAGUGAAUGUCACUUUUUGUCAUUUUCAAAUUUCCCGCCGUUCCGUCCCCGUAUGUCCCGACGCUCGCAGAAGACGGAACCCAGAUGACAGAUGCUGGCAUCCGCCGGAGGACAUUGGCGGGGACACUGCAGGGGGGACAUCGCGGGAGCGCAGGACAAGGGAAGUGAUUGAGGGAUUGUGGAGCAACGCUGCAUGCUAAGCCCGAGUGUAGCUGGGGGUUACCGCUUGUGCUACACUCGGGAAUACCGCCAGGGAGGCUAGCU